GACCAGCCUUCCAAGGUCAGUUCAGUCACGUUGCACUCAAACAGAGGGCUACAUUGGUGAGUCAGAUCCUUAAAUUUUAACUGAUUGUUUGAACUUGACUUUAACAGUUUAUUUCAAUCACUUUGACAAUGUUACUUUAAAAACGAGGUUUGUAUAGUGCGGAACCUCCAGGCAGGCAGAUACAAUCCAACCGCCCUUCAUUUAAACGUAGUCCUCAGUCUGACACCGAGCCAAGAAUUUAUUUUAAUUUGUUUCUGAUAUUUGGAAAACUUAAAAAUCAGUUUUAUCAUUCUUGAACGCUUUUUUGAAAAAGUCGCUAGAACGAGGCAUUAAAGAUCUUUUCAAACAGGUUUUGAGAAACAUUCUUCAACUAGUAAGAAAAGACAUGAACCCACACAAAUUUAAGUCUUCAUUAAUUAUAAUAAGCAAUAGUGUUUCAGUGCUGUUACACGCUCGAUUGAGGGAUAUUUACCAGUAAAUACUUCAGCUCAGCAACGUAAAUAUCAGCGACCCAAUCAAGUACGAAAAAAUUUCCUAGGGGGCCAGGUUUUCUUAGUGAUAACAUCCGAGGACGUCACCGUUGUGCAUUUCGGCAAAGCUCAAUUAUCAAAUUAAACGUUGUGGCAACUUUCAAUUCUGUAUCAAUUAUAUCCUAUAAAGUUGCUAUUUGUUCUUAGUGAGUAUAUCAUCUGGACAUUUCGUAUCGAAUUGCGACUGAAGUGACUAUGGUUUAUUAUUAAACAGCUCUCGGUACGCGCUCGGUAUUUCACUCAAACGUGAUCUUUUUACCGAUGUCACAAAAAUAAUUGCAAUUUUAAUACUUCAUAGGUCGAUUUAUCAAACGUCAUUUAGUGAUGUCAAGAUUUAUAAAAAUCUAAUACAAACUGACCCGAAAAUAUGACACCUCAAAAUGCUUGCUGCCUCGUUUUCUGGGCAUUUUUGAGGUCAAUUUUUGCAUUGAAAUACUUUGGCGGUUAAAUAAGUUCAGCCUGUAUAGAAAGUGAUAUAUAUUACAAUGGAUCAUUACGCUUGCUCAACUUCCGCCUGAAGAUGAUGAACUUCAUAUUCAUAUCUAUCUGUCCUCUGUUUGGUUAAACACCAUCUAUCGAAGCUCCUCAGUUUACACAGUCACCUACCCCUCGCGGCACUCUUAUGUACUGGAAGAAAAUUCAUUUAUAUGUUAAUAUUUUACAGUUGAAUUCAGCGAUGGAGAACCAUCAAAAACCCAAGUUAAACAUCAAACGGCGCUUUUCCUAUGGCCUCGGGAACGUUUUCAACGAAAUUGUCCGCCAAACGUGCUCUUCUUUUUCCAUCAUAUUUUUGAUGCAAGUGGUUGGUUUAUCGGCAUCCCAAGUUGGACUGGCUAUACUUAUUGGACAAAUAACUGACGCCUUUACCUCUCCAAUAACUGGUUUCUUGGGCGACCGGGUGCAAAUUCCAUUUAUUUCCAAAAAGCUGGGUCGAAGGAAGUCGUGGCACUUAGUGGGAACGGUUAUGAUGGCCGGUGGACUUCCUCUUCUGUUCAAUCGGUGUUUGGUGUGCAAAGAUUAUCAGGGUGUCAAUUGGUUGCAACCUUUUUACUAUUAUUGUGUCAUGGUUAUUAUCAAUGCGGCGUACAACAUUAUGGAGAUCAAUCAUCUUUCAAUCACCUUCACUGCAGCUGGGACAGUGCAAGAAGGCGCAGCGUUAACUGCUAUAAGGUUAACAGCAAUAACACUAUUCUUUUUUCACAAUUUCUUGGUUCUGAUUUUUUGGAUUCUGUUCUCUGACUGAAUGUGAUCUCACCAGUGGUUAUGAGUGUAUAUUGAUAAUCAACGCAGCUAAAGCUGAAGGGUACACAUUUUUGACUCUGCUUUCUUUUUUAUUUUUCAAAUGUUUUUUUUUUCUUUUUCGCUUUGAAUUUCAAAUGGCAGCUGAUCUGACAGGCUGCAAUAACGUCAGUGAGUAAGUUCGGUUCAAGAAAUUUAAACCCAGACGUGGUACAUAGGAAUAAAGAUACCCUUAUCCCGAAUUUAUGCCGCAAGAGUCGUCCCUUUUUUCCUACUUUUUUUCUUUUUUUUUCUGAUAUAGAACAGUCCUUAGUUUCGUUAGUGGAAUAUACGUUUAUGUGGUUGCCUGGGGACUGCUUGGUCAGGAUGGCGGAGACGAUCUGGGGCCGGAAAGUGUAACACAGUUUGCAGUAAGUAUACCUAAAUACAGUGACGAUAUAGAAAUUGCAUUAAUGAACAAAGCAAUCUAUUGAUUGGAUUAAUGAUGAUCAGGAUGAGAUUGAAUUCAUAAUACCAUAUUGCUCCGGCGCCCAACCAAACGCACGUUUUUAUGGUGCCUGCAUUCUUUUUGACAACUAGCUAGUGGAGCAGGUGUAAUUCAGUUUUUAAAAAACCUAAAAACGUUUUCCUAGAGUAUUCUUAGGUAUGUAUCAGCAGUAAAAGUAUAAAUUGAAAUAACACUGUUACUGGUUUUCAGUGUCACGCCAUUCAAAAUAGAUCAAAAUAAAAAUCAAAACCGUUCAAUAGAUCCACAAUCUGGGAAAUGAAAGGAGGUACAUAUACAAAGACCCUCGCCAAGAUUCAGGUCAGAGGAAUAUUUCGUAUACGAGAUAUCCGCAGAAAUGUUUUACCCAAACUUAUAGAGAUUUGUAUGAAGACGCCAUGCUGGUGCUCACAUGGAUGAGCUCCAACAUGGCGCACGGAAACCAACAGAAACAUCAGUUACCGAGUUUUGCAAAAAAAGUGUGAAUUUAUUCUUCGAGAAACUCAUAAACAUUAAAGUAAUACUUUUUCUAUUACAUGAACUGUUUAGCUAGCAAAAUUUCCCGAAAUAAGUCAUUUUUUAAACUACGUGACAGAUCUCGUGGCCAUCAUUCGAAAUUCAAGCGUACUCUAUCACAAAACCAAGAACCCUUUUGAAGCGAAAACUUGUAUCAAAAUUAGUUUUCAGCUGCUCUAAUGCAUCGUGAAAGUAAAAUCUCCGUAGGAUCCAUAAUUUUUUAGUUUGAAUUUUAGUGACGUCAUGUGAAAACCAACAAUAUAUGAGUUUAAAAAAAUCUUUAAGUUAUUUUCAAAUGUGUAUAUUUCUUUCCCUUUCGACGCAGCAUCUUGUAUGGAUUGUCACUGGUACAGGAAUAGUCUUUACAGUCAUUUUUUAUAUUGGAACAAAGGAACCAGCCGUACGCCCUCUAAGAAAGAUCAGCACACUCAUGGAUCCAGUGGUAUGAAGCAACAUAAGAUAUCGAUUGCGCUGUCCUCGACGACUAGCCAUCUUUCUCAGCCACUGACCAUGGACGAUUCGCAGCCACGAUUUUUAUCGCAAGAAAGCAUAGUUGUAACCUUGUUGCGAUAUUGGUUCAGAUGAUUACAACAUUGUUUCAUUGCAACGCUCGCUGUUUUGCGCUGAAAAUCGCUGUUGCGAAUUCCUCCUGUUACGACUUCACCUUUAAUCCGGUAUUAUAUGGACUUUUCCUGCAAAUUAUGACGUUGAUGUUCUUUCAAAGUUGGCCUGAUGUAUCAACACAAGAGAGAAUAAUCUCUCUUAAUGCACAUUGAUAUUCAUGAGAGCUUAAGCCAUGGUUCGCCGUUUUCGUCCGCCGAUUGCAUUCACCUCGACCCCUCAGUUGUAUCUCAUUUUAGUAGACUCCAACUAGUGGUCUAUUAAUUAUCAAUGCUGCGUUCUGAUUGGUUGAGCUACUUCUAGACUAUAUGCUAUAGCCCACUAGUAGCGACAAGCGCCGGCUUUGAAAACCAAAACAAUGGAGGCUGAAUUGCGUUUUGCUAGCUAAAGUUGUUUUGUCUCGAUAUUUUUUACCAACCAGUUGGAUUUUACUAAAACAAUUAUUCCGCUCGCCUUCAUGGCCUCUGAGUCAACAGCCCAUUCGGCCUUCGGCCUCAUGGGCUAUGGACUCCAUGGAUAUUAUCCAUGUGGACUCAGAGCCCAUUCGAGCUCGAGGAAAAAUUGUUUAAUACCUAGUGCUUUUGCAAUUUGUAGUAAUUAUCGCACUUUAUAUUACCUGUAACUAAGUCCGAUCACAUGUCGCAAAAUAAAAAAAUGUCCACUUUGACACAUUUCCCCAGGAUGCCCAUCUCUCUUUGUUACAAAAUAUCACCGUACCUUAUACACUAAUAGUUCUACCAAUUAAUCAAAUACCUACUCUUGCAUGUCGGCAAGUGCAAAUAUCUAAGUUUUUGUCACGUCGACCAUGAAUUGUCUCAAGAAGAGUUUCACAGUGAUGGCAAUUUUGUGACAUGAAUAAAUCGUUUUUAUCUUUGGCUAGAACGGUGAAGGAUUAUUUCAGGCUAGCCAGUCUGUUUAUUCAAUGGUCUUCGAACAAGUUGAUGGUGAGUUGAAUGAAAUAGAUUACUCUACCUUUAGUUCCAAUCUUUCUGUUUUACGUUAACCUCGCAGUGUACGUUGAGACAUGAGCAACGUUAAUAUUAGUAUAUUGAGGUCUUAUUUGUCGGUAAAAGGAGACUUUGUUAAUGUAACGAUACCUAAGUUGGAGCUCAACCUCGUACAUCAGCAGCGCCAAUUUAUUAAAACUUUUACAAGGUAUAAUGUAAUUUACAAGUGUUGCUAUUGUUUUCAUACUAUCAAACAAAAGCUACCCUUGUAAAUUACUUUAAUUGCUUACAGUAUGUUGAUUGUUACGCGUCACAAGUAACAACCGAGUAAGGGUCUGGGCUUUUUAGUUUCACACGUGCAGAUGCUAUGAAAGCGGCGAAAACGCUCUUCCCAUAAUCCUGCGUUCUCGAUCAAUUCCUUGCGACAAGAAGUAGACGAUGAAGUCAACCAAGAAAGAAUAGCUCCCAUUAUGGGCUCCUGAUCUGGAGGGAUCCUGAAAAGAAAAAGAUAUUCAAUAAAAUAUUUCGUUAACAUCACGGGCCAACAUCGGGUAAUAUUGGAAGGUAAUAUCAAGGAAAGAGAGGGGAUGUCUUUUUACCUCUUUCAGUUAAUAGGCACUCAGUUCUUGAACAAGAUAUCGAAAGACGAAAGACUGCAGUUCCUCUUAAUAAAGUACAGAGAAAAUUGAAUUUUUUUAAAAAAUUUCUUUUAAGAUGCCAAGAGGAAAACUUCGACCAUAGUCCAUUCCCUUGUUGACAUUUUUAUGUCUUCGGUGGAAAACACGGAAGUUGUCGAUAAUAAAGCAACAACUGCUACACCAGCGUCUAAAAAGAUAAGUGUGGUACAACGAUUUGUGGAAGCUCUCUUUUCUAACGGCGAUGGAAACAGUCAUGAAGAUUCAGAACACAAACUUCAAAUUUCUGAAGUCACAUCAGGAGCGUCAAGUAAUCAAGAAAAACCCGGAAGCGGUAUGUAAAAUGGUAUUUGCGUUACUGUUUUUACAUUAUCUAUGGGGGGGGAUAGUGUUUCUGGCUUUAAAUGUAAAUAUUUAUGAUGUUCGAUGGAUGCAUCAUCAAUAUUAGUUGAAUUAACCUUAAUAAACGUCAUUUCAAAAGGAAACCUCGGUUUAGUGGUGAUUAAAACCGUGUCAGCGGUCGCACUGUAAUAUUCUAUUUAACUAUCAUAAAGUGCAACUCAAGUAAUCCUAGUGAGAUUUAGAAAACAUUGAGGCAAAAUUUACAAGGGAUGAGAAUCCUCAGGCGUUAUGGCAGUUCAAGCGAAAUGACGCCAUUGUACGAAUGUCAUUUCUCCUGUAGAUCUGAUAACCCACGUAGCAAGACUGGACCAGGAUCGCAAAAAGAGUCUCGUCUUUCGCUUAGUAGAUGCGCUUCUUAAUAAAGAGAGUCAAAGGCAACCAGAAGCGACUGGCAUUGUGGCCAAAGAUGGGCAAGUCGAUCUUGAAAAGGAAAGUAACAACAUUUUUGAAGACGCGACAGAUUGUACUGUAUGGUAAGCGUUAAUUUCUUGAGUUGAACACCCGCUUUUUUGAAGUACCUACGUGACGGUUCCAGAGUACAAAAGCAAGACCCUAUUCUUAGUUUUAAAGUGGUCACAACGACCUGUCCGCACAAGUUUUCUGUUACUUCCGUGGCAAUCCACUGCUAUGGAUACCCGCAUUUCUCCCGGCUACGCUAACGUUUUAAAAUGACGUCUGACAGGGCAAAUUGGAGUAAAUAUGUGCACAUUAUAACACAAUUUUAUAUCGUACCCAGGAACGAGUAUCCAGACAACAAGAGUGAUUACAUAGCAUAAGGUGACGUGCAUAAAGUGGCAGUUGUUAUGAAAGGUUGAGGGCUUUAAAAUCAGUUCCCAUCCACAGCCUCAUCACCGACUGCACCUCUUAGAGUUUUGUACAUCGCCAUCUUGCACCUGAAAGAGUCUUGUAUCGCGGCGUAUUUUAUUUCAUUUUAUUUUUUAGUUUUCCCAGUGAGUUAACCUUAGCUCAUAUUACUGACAGGAACGGAACGAAAAAUACAGAAAUAAUGGAGGGAAAUGAAGAUCAUAAUAUGAAAACAAGAGAAUAUGAUUUAAAUGGUGCUGACAGAGUAUAUAGCCGGCGUCGGAGAAGAGGCAUGUCUUUGGCUCCAGAGGAAGCCUGCAAGCUUGGAAUACACAACCUUGGUUACCAAAAUGAAACCUGUGGGCUGGAGAUGAGAACAAUAAACGAAGAAGAGGCCAUUGAGCCCGUCGGUGAAGCCGAUGCAAUUAUCCAUGAUUUCGAAAAACAAAUGUCACCUUUUACAGAAACAAAACCGGGCAAAAAGGUGAGUUUCUCUGUUCCAGAAAGGAAUGAAGUCCGUAAUUCAGGAAUUUAUCCUCUUCAGGAUUCAGACAUGACAGCAUUUUCAGACAAAGAGACACAAAGAAAACUGAGCUUAUCUGAGCUGGAAGAGAACGGAUCUGAGAAAAAAGAGACGGGAGAUGAAUCCAAUGAUAAAUCGUGUAAAUCUGCGAUUACUGGAGGAUCUGAAAAGAGGAAACCAAAGACGACGAGGGAUUGGUUGAAGACUCCUGGUGUUUACAAGGUUGGCAUCUCUUAAUGUAUCCAAUGGCAUUUUUGUUUUUUAAUUUCUCUUUAAGUCUUAUCGGUAUAUCCCCUUAUGAAAUGACUUGCCUUUAAAGAAGCUGCAAGAUUGACGUGUGAAAAUCACAUCAUUUGUAAAUUUACCGAGUCAAUUAUAUAUACCGAAAGGCUAACCUUUGCCAACACCUUAAGAUACCUGAAUAGCGUACCGUUUAACAAUAUUGGUUACGUCAGUUUAGAACCUUAGAACCUUUACGUCAGUUUAGAACCUUUUUGUCAGUUUAGAACCUUAUGCAGUUCACACAAACAAGUAAACAACAAAUUUCAUUUUUCUGUCAAAAAUGCAAUCACUUAAUACAUUAAUUGGACCCCAAGAAGGCUGUAAGGUAUUAGCCCUGUUUAAAACAAAAUCGUACUAAAAAAUAAAGUCAUUGACAAAUUUAUCUAGUUUAUUUCAUUAAUUAGGUCGCCGUUAUCGUCACGUGUUCUCGCCUUGUGCAGGAUGCGGUUUAUGCAUAUUUGCCGUUGUACUUGACAGAAAGACUGGGCUUUGGGCAGGUAAGACGAAUAAUCAAGAUUGCACCCUUUUUGCCAAUGUGUUAAGAAGUAUCUUCCAUCAAUGGCUCUACGAUCAUCACACCGUUCGCUAAUUUAUACACCCCAGCCUUAAAAUCUAAACUAAUAUCGACGGAGGACAGCGUUCUCCACCACAAGUUCUGGAAAACCGUCCAAGAAUUGUGUGACAAAAUUGAUGCAGAAAACGUUGCUGCAUUUAAAGCAAAACUUAAAACAUUUUAUUUAGCAAAUAUUUUCAUUAGCCUUUAUUCUUAACAUUAUUUUUCGAAGUAUUUUAACUUUGUUAUAUACAAAACUGCCUGUUAUAUCACUGUCGGCUAGGACUAAAGAUCCUUUUAUUUAUUCUAUUCUUAUUCGUGUAAAGCCCAUUGAAGUCAGAAAUGCGCUUAAAGACAACAGUACCUCUAUGAUAGACUGAAUGUUUCAAUGUGAUAGCAUCCACACCGCUUAUACAUAAAGGGGUCAUUAACCCUUAAAUUUGUUCACUGUCAGAGAGCUUGAUGGAGUUUUAUAAGGUGACUCUUACUUUUGAGUCUGUGGACGAAAUCCUGUGAUGUGACCAUUCAAAUGAAAGAUCUCUGCCUGUUCUUUCACAUAAGUCUAUUUGUUUGUCAAAAUUUCACAAAAUGAAAUUUGAACAUUUGGUCGAAUUUGCUUUUUUACUAAAUUUGGCAGUGAAUUAGGGUUAAUUUUCUUCUCAUUUCAUUUUACUUUGAGCUUUUUGUCGAUUCUUUUGCAGCAAUCCAUUGCCUAUUUUCCCAUUGUUCUUCUUGUUAGCGGAGCAAUAGGCAGCACUAUUUCAAAUAAACUUAACUCCAGACUGGGAAACAUGGUAAGCGGCUUUUCCUCCUUUCAAUUUUUCUAUACAUGUAACAAGUUGAAUAGUUCAACUGAUAAUAAAUUAAAAAUAAGGGAGUAACAAAAUAUUUGCAACUUGCACUGCUAAGCGAGACGAUCUCCUUACCGGCUUUUAUCGGAACUCCCGCUGAGCAAACCCAGCCGCUCGCUCCUGACUUUGAUCUGUAUUUGAUAUCUUUCCUCAGGGAACUUACCUCAUUGGUUCACUUCUGGUGAUUGGUGCAUCUGUAUACUAUUAUUUCCAAACCACUCACUUGAAACUGUUCACAUAUGCGCCCGUAAUCCUAACAGGCACCGGCAUGUCCAUCAUGUACGUCAUGGCUCUGACGUUCGUCGCCGAACUAGUCAAAGCAGACAAGGUGCGCCUACGCAAACAUUGUAUGGAAAUAGAGUAAUGACCGUAAUUUAAGACAAAGCUAUCUUAUUUUACAAAAUUUAACCUAAAUACUUUGGUCAAGAUAAUUGAAUUACCACCCGCCUUCUGACUGUUUAAAAAACUGAGGUACUAAAGAAAUUCUGAUUGGUCAGAAUAACUGGAAAACCAACGCGCGUUCUAAGUGGUCGAAAUAACUGACAGACGACACGCGCUCUUAUUGGUCAAAAUAACUUAAAGUCACAUGCCUAUUGACUGGUCAAAAUAACUGAGACGCUACAGGUGUCCCCACCUGGUUAACAAACUGAUGAAAAUACUUAGCUCGUUCUGAUUGGUUUAAAAACAAUUGUAUAAUAUAAGAGCCUUGUAGCCAAAAUCCAACUGUAUAAGUCCUUUUAGCUAUAGUCACCCUCUUAAAAUAAAACGUCAAGACGUAAAGGGAAAAUCUAUGCAGACCCGUUUCCAACUUGCUUUCGUAAAUAGAUUUCCGGUUAACCGGAAUACACAUGAAAGACCGUGAAAAUGGACACGUCUCCCUUUAACUUAGACUUUAUAUUAGAGUGCCACAAUUAACUGAUAAAGAGUCCACUAUGAUUGAACUAUCAGAUCAAGAGAUCAGGCACAGCUAUUUAUAAACACAGCCAUUUCCUAAACUUUCAACAUAUAAAGCUACCAGCAGGUUAAACGUAUGUGCGUUUUUUUUUAAAGUAUCUGAAACAGUUGUGCUGUCUUUUACAGGAAACUAGUGGUUCGGCAUUCGCCAUCAUUAUUUUUCUAGGGAGAAUAUCCAGCGGUGGUUUGCUGAUGGCUAUACAAGAGUUUUAUCCAGAAAACGGGUGAGAUUAUAAGUGGAUCUCCUACCUUAAUUUGGAAAAUCCAUAUUUUUGUGGUCGGGUGAAAAAUUUAAUUUAAUUAAGUGCCGAUUUCUAGGAACGUUUGUUCUCGGCUGGAACUUUACUGUAUUCUCUGUUUUGAUGCAAGGAAAGGCUGCAGAUUGCCAUGGUUACGGGUGGCUAGAAUAUACAUGAUUUGGGUGAUUAAAAUGUCCCGCUACCUAAUGCGUCUUUGUCAUUUCUGAGGCAUAUACUAAAAGCUGUCCCUUUUUAUUCCUAGUUCGUCAAGCCAAAAGCGCGCAAGAAAAAAUGCCUGGAGGGCGAUUUUUAGUUAUUUAUAAUUAUUUUAUUUUAUUAUAGCUCUACGUCCAGUUUGAGUGAAAGCGACUACGUGCAUCAUGUAUUUUCUGUAGUUCCCGCUCUAUUGGCGCUUGCUGGCUCGCUGAUGGUUUUAUUCUUCCGUCCACCUUCAUGUCGUACAAAAAGAGGUUGGUACGCGCAGUUUCAAAGCUUCCCAUGCAAUUAUGUCUUAUCAUCACCUAAGUUGGUUAAGAUGUAGCUUCUGUACAAUAAACACAAUCAAUAUGACAAAAAUCAUCUCUGGACACUGAUUAUGUCAAUGCAGUUUGUAAAUGAAAUUAUGAUCGAAUUUUAUCUCCUUUGCUAGGCCGCCCUGUAUGGAUUGUUUUACAUCAGCCUUUCAGCCUAAUGCUGUCGUUUAGCUGUCGUUUGCUUGUGCUAUAGAUAUAUAAUGUUAAGAGGCCGUUUCUUUCAAUUUAACUAGCCUGCCAAAACAGCCGUUUCACCUCGCUCCACCCCGCUUGGGACGUUUCGCCAGAAGAGGCUCUCCUGGAGAAGCCUCUCAAGCGGCGAGGAUUGGCUGUUUUGGCAGCCGGGCUAAAAUAAAUUAACAGGCAUCAAUUUCAGUUAGUCUUGCAUUUCUUUUGCCCAAAUAUACAUUAUGGUUGUAUCUAGAGGGGGCCGAAGGGGAGGCACGCCCUUCACUCUUUUUUUCUAAAAUUACUUGUUUUAUAGAAUUUUAAGUUGAAUUUUUCUUCAAAAAACUUAAUUUAUCACUAUAUGCACUCAGAGUGUUUUCUAAAUUUUCUGGAUCUUACAUCCCUGGCAUUGAUCGUGUACGGAAACGGAACAAGAGGAGCAGUGAGCAGUUCAUGGGGGCGUUUCCACUUACGUCUCCAUGAAACAACCUCUUUAAUAUUCUUAAUUAAUCUAUAAUACCUCCUAGCUAGAUUAGCUUUUUAGCUAUUUUCCAGGUGGCUUGUACCUAACAUAAGUAGUAGUGUCUGUUUUUUAAUGUCUUUUUUUUUCGGUGUGUGGUAUAAAUAAAAUUGCUGUCUUGUCUUGUCUAACAAAUUAACGCGUUGUUCAUUUUAGGAACAUCUAAUUCAAUCUAAUCUCUUCAUUGUAGACGGCACACUGCUUGUUUUAUUUGUUUCUUUGUUUUUCUUGUAGAAUAUUCACUUGAUGAAAAUGCUCAAGUUCGUGAUCAAUCAGAAGCAAGUCACGUUCAAUCAUUCAACGUUGUCGUAGAACCUGAGAGAGAUUAGAAGGACGCCGAGUUCCUUUUGGAACAUCUGGACAAAACUGAAGAGAAUCCUAUCCAGCUACCAUUUGCACACUGAAAUAACAGCCAUUCAAUUUUGGCUUCUUCGCUGGACGACAAGUUCGUUUUUAUACCUAACCAAGGUUCAGUAGAGGACGCGGCUUACUCGAUCGUCUUGCUAGUUUUUCUUAAAACAGUGAACUGACUCGGAACCAAUUUCAAGGAAGCUUGAUCGAAAAAGGAAAUCGUUAUGUGAUCAUACUACUGUUUGAUAACUCAGAAAUUAGCGUAGCAUAGUUCAUAAUAGCUUGAAAUUUAAUAAAUUUGUGAAACAACA